UUCCGAAAAAUCCGAAAUGUGAAAUGUUAAGUCACGUGACGUACCAGGAGCGGAAACUUCAAAACAGGGGAGUCCGUUCAGGAAAGUAGGGCCACAAUGGGCGACCGGACAAGGAUAAAAGAGGUUUUUACUCAAUGCCAAACAGGUCUUCAGGGCCAUGGAAAGCUCAUGAAGACUUUAAGCAAAGUUUAUGAGAAGACUGAUUUUGGGGAAUUUUGGUCUGAAUUUUCCCACUGCUUGAAGUAUGCCAUGGUAAUUUUCAAGAGAGAACCAGCGGUGGAGAGGGUGAUUGACUUUGUUGCAAAGUUUGCCCCAAGUCUAAGCAAAGGUGGUCCAAUAGACGGUGAUGAAGAGGAUGAUGAAACAGACAGUGUCGGCGACAACCGCCUGCUUCAAGAAAUGUUUGAUUUUCUGCUCUCUUCCCACAGUGCACGUGACAGGGGUGUCAGAUUCCGAUGCUGCCAGCUGAUAAACAAGCUGCUGACGAACCUGGGAGAGGACGCCCAAAUAGAUGAUGAGCUUUACGAUCGACUGUACGAGUGCAUGCUAGACAGGCUGAAGGACAAGUGCCCUGUUGUUCGUUAUCAUGCUGUGCUCGCUAUGGCUCGUCUGCAGGAUCCAACUGAUGAGAACUGUCCCGUCAUAAGAGCAUACCUGUUUCUACUCAACUGUGACCCAAGCCACGAUGUACGCAGGGCUGUGUUGACAUCAAUAGCUCCAUCCACUAAAACCCUCUCUAGUGUGGUGGGUAGAACACGCGAUGUGAAGGAAAUGGUCAGGAAAACUGCGUACGAGGUUAUCUCUGAGAAAAUCCACAUAAAGGCUCUUUCCAUUGCCCUGAGGCUGCAGAUAGUUAGUGAGGGACUCAAAGACAGAUCAGAUCUUGUGCGUGGAGCCUGUUCAGGUAAGCUGCUGCAGGCUUGGAUGCGGACAUUCCAGGGGAAUUUCCUCGAUCUACUGCGAAGUCUGGAUGUGGAAGAUUCGACAGACAUCUGCCUACAGGUACUGGACACGCUGUUCAAGGCUACGACAACCCACGACCUUCUGGAGAGAUUCGAUAUUCUGAAUGAGAGUCUCCUGAUCCCAGAAGACCAGCUGACAAGUGAGAGCGCCCUGUACUGGCGAGCAGUGUGUAAACACUUCCAUGCGAUGGGCAGUGAAGGGGACGAGUACUUGGAGAAAGUCAUGCCUGUCGUUGUCGACUUUUGCGCAUUCUUGCAGAGGUAUAUGGAUGAGUUGAAGAACAUCCAUGACCCCGAGAUCCAGCUUGGCCGCGAGUUCAUCAUAGAACAGAUGUUACUGAUCACUGGACUCAUGGACAUGGCUGAUGCCUCAUCAAGGAAAGCCCUGGAGACUCUGCUGCACAACAUGUUAAUGGCAGAGCACAUUUCUCACCGGCUGGUUAAAGCUGUUGUCUCCCGUGUGUGUGAACUGAGAGGGAUGGCCGAAAACAUGGUGGACUACUUUGCUGAGGUGGUGUCGGAGAUUCGUGAGCCAAUCACCAUGGUAGAGAAGGACAUAGCUGAGGAACAGAAGAGACAGAUUAACCUGAAGAUUGCUGGUAUCCGGGUAGAACUGAACCAGCUACGAGAAGAUUUGGACGAGGCUGUAAGGGGCCAGGACUUCACACGAGCAGCGGAAAUAAAGGGGAAAAUAGCACAGCUGGACCUGGAGAAAAAUGCCUUGCUUGAGACCUCAGAGCCUGUCAGAGAAGAGAUACGGGCUGAAAGGAAUGACCCUCUCACCAUCCUGAAGUGCCAGACCAUAAUAUCAGAGAUGCUACAACUGCUGAAAAUGAAUGCUGUAAGCCCGACCCUGCAGAUGAUGAUCGAGUCUCAGAUUGUGCCAGGGAUUCAGAACGAGGAUGCAGAGGUCCGCAACAUGGCGAUGCGGGCCCUCGGACUGUGUUGCUAUCUGAGUAAAGACCUCCUCGUCACCUAUAUUCCACUCUUCAUGCAGGCCUCCCAGAUAGAUGUAGAAGGGGUACGAGUGACCGCCCUUCAGGUUCUGUUUGACCUUCUCCUCCUGUAUGGUCUCGACAUCGUAGAUGCCAGCGAAUCCUCGUCCACUGAAUCGACAGGGGAAAUCGGCACCGUGGGGGAGGGAUCAUUGUCGACUGAGAGGACAUCAGAGGAUAGGAACGGCACAGCUAGCAAACUUGUCGCUAUCAUAUGUUCCUUCCUUGAUGGAGAGGUAGUAGAACUAAGAACAUGUGCAGCAGAAGGCUUGUCCAAGCUUCUACUGUCUGGGCGAGUGGUCUCCUCCAAGAUUCUUUCUCACCUGAUUUUACUGUGGUACAACCCACUAUCAGAGGAUGACACUCAUCUACGAGACUGCCUUGGGACGUUCUUUCCACUGUAUGCACUGGCAUCAAGGUCUAACCAAGAGGUAGUGGAGGAUGCCUUUCUGCCUACCCUGAAGACACUUCUCCGAGCCCCCAGCACGAGUCCGCUUGCCGAUGUGAACGUGAAUAACGUGGCUGAACUUCUCGUGCAGUUGACUAACUCCAAACUGAUCACUGUGAAUCAGAACCAGCAGGAUAUUAGUCAGUCAUUUGUUAUGCAGGACAACCCAGGGCAUGAUAACCUGACUGAGACCGUGUGUAAUGAGAUUCUGUCCGCCCCUGACUCCCCGAACGUUCGACUGUGGCUGCGCAUUCUCAAUCAGAUGGAAGUGUCUCCGGAUAAUGAAGUUCUGUUGAAAGAUCUGCGGAUUUUGGCAUACAAGAUGGUGAAGACUGUGAAGGAUCGCAUCUCCCUACGAGGACUGGAGAAGUUUCAAGCGACCAUUAACAGCCUGGCCAGCAAAUUUGUUAGCAACGAUGACGACCUGGAAAAUAUUGAGAUUGAGCCAGUUGCACCAACUGACCAGACACAAGAUGUAGCGGAUGAAACUGCAGAUACCACUCAGACUCCAAAGAGAAAAAGAGUGAGAGGACUGUACUCGCAGAACAUGACACUCGGCCUAGAGAUGGAGUCGGAACUAGACACAACAGCUGAAUCCCCCGAGCCUGUGGAUGCCUCGUGUCUUAUGAGAACUAACUCUAGUGUGUCAGAAAGUUUGACCCCGUCUAGGCCACGGCCUCGCUCUAACACGACCACAGAACUUGCGGAGGAAGAGGUGUUUACUGUGCCGGAAGCUCCAGAAGCAUCUAAAAAGAAAUCAACAGCAAAGGGCAUCAAUGGAAUUCCUGAAGUCAAUGAAGAGGCUGGGAAAUCAACUGAUGAUGACAGCGAAGAUGAGGGUGCUGAACCUGCUACUAAAGACAAGUCGCCAAGCAGAAGAGGGAGAGCUACAGAAAAAUCUGGAAGAAACUUGUCAAAGAAGCAAGGAUCACCCAGAAAAGAAAGCAAAAGUAAGUCACCAGUGAAAUCUGGUUCCAGCAAAUCACCAGAGAAAGUGGGAAGAAGCAAAUCCCCUCAAAAGAAGCAGCCGGAAAAACGUAAAGCUUCAAAGUCGCCAGACAAAACUUCACCAGGAAAACGUAUUGUGUCUGCAUCACCUGCAAGACAAACACAGCAGAAAAGGAAAGCCUCCCAGUCACCUGGCAGAGAGAGGAAAAGAAUGUCAAAGUCUCCUGUUAACAAAGGGGCAAAGAAAACCAAUUCGAGGAGUCCUGAAAAGAGGAAACUGCCAAAAACUCCCAUCAAGGAAACUUCAGAAAAAGGCAGCAAGAGUAAAUCCCCUCGUGUGGAAAGGCCUUUAUCUCCAAGCAAAUCACCAGCUAAAAAAGCUGGGGAAAGCAAGAAGAAACCCACAUCAGCCAGAAGUGAUAAGGAAGAGAAGAAUAAAGGUGAAAACAAGGAAGAUAAGUCACCUAAAAAGAAGGAGACACAGAAUACCCGAAAGGCAGCUGUGAAGCCAGUUACUAUUGAUACACCAAGCACUGCUAGGGCUAAAACAGUGACGGUACAGAUACAAGCCAAUGAGAAAAAAGCUGCUGACAGAUCUUUGAAUGCAACACAGUCACCUAGGACUUCAGGAAGAUCGACUGGCAAAAAGUCCUCUGGUACUGAAACUCCAGAAGUUGCUAAAGGAAGAAGUGUGGCUACCCGAGCUGCGGUUGGAACUCCUGGAUCAGCUACAGGGAAACGAUCAUCUGCUAGGAUUGUGGCUGAUACACCUGAAAUGCCUUCUCCGAGAAAAACACGCAGAGCGGGAAUUGAGGAAUCUGUGGCAGAGACGCCAGAACCUCGGACUGCCAAGACAGCUACAAAGACUAAGGCUACUGAUAAGCCCAGCUCAGUGCGGCGAGCGUCCGCAAGGGGAGUUGCUAACAGCCCCGCCCCCUCAAAUGGUCCAUCAGAAGGCAGCAAGAAUGCAGAAAAGUCCACCCCUAGGUCAUCUCAGGCAUCUAGCACACGGUCGUCUCAGAGGUCAGUGCCAACGCCAACUCCGACAUCUACAAGAUCUGCAAAGAGAGCAAAUGCCGUAGCAUCAACGCCAUCCUCAACACCUGAGGCUUCUUCAAGCAGGCAUACAACAAGACGUAAUCAACUAUCAAGCCAGAGUUCUCAGGGUUCGCAGUCCGACUCUUCAUCUGAUAAAUCUGCGUCAAUGUCAGUCCGUAUGGCGAAAAGCAAAACAUCUAGCACUGGGGAUUCCAGUUCGUCAGAUUCUAGCAAAGUCACUACAAAGCCUAAAUCAGCCCCAAACCAAAAAGCCCCGGUGGAGCGUCUCUUCAAUAAAGCCUCGUCCCAGACAACUGAUGAUGAAGAAGAUAAAAUCAAGCGCAAGGCCAGACCUUCUCGCCGUAGUGCAAACAUUUCAGUCUCCAUGACAAUGACACCACCAUCCUCUGCACGUAGAACUCGGGCCUCGCUGUCACAGAGUUCUGUAGAAUCUCCUGGCACUUCAGGCAAGGUCAAGGACACAGGAAAUGUAGUGAAUAGUUCAAGGUCUGCUAGCAGAGGUCAGGAUAGUUCAGCCACUCGCAGAAGUACUAGAGGUGAUGGUGAUGCAAGCUCCCAGGCUAGUUCCAAAAUCCCAAGCCCAGGCAGUUCUCGAUCCACAAGGUCAGAGGUCAGUGCAAGGGCAGGGUCAAGGUCAGCUGUUGGCAAGAAGGUGGUCGCUCCGUCUGAGACAAGAUCUUCAGCUCUGAGAAAGGCAAAAAAUGCAAGUAAAUCUGGUGCCAAGUAGAAGAACAUCUACAGAAAACAAAGUGAGCAGCCACUGAGAAAUCACCCGGACUGGGAUAUCUAUGAUAUCUACUUAAUAUAGACUUUGUGAACCAUCUAUAAUGUACAUUGUAUGUUUCUAUCAGAUGUUUUCUUACUGUAUAAAUGUGUUUCUGUAAGUGUUUUGGUGCUGGGAUAAAUUAUUAAAACUCUUCUAUGCAAGUGAUUCAGGUCAAUAAACUUAGUUUAGUUUUAUUGUCAUGUGAUGUAAUUUACCUUUUUCUAAUUCUAUAAUUCAUUCUAAUAAAUUUGAAUUUAACAAGCUGUAUUAUUCGUUUUAAGAAAGCCAUACUAUUUGUGGAGCCUGCUGAAAUAAAAACAACAUUCAUGAUAUCUA